CUACGCAUGCAAAACUUUUUCGGCAGCGGCACCCUAUCAGCAGUCGAUAUUUCGAAGGAGGCGUGGCGGCUACACUGACCUUACUAGGGAACAGUGAAGCCUUUGAGAGUGUGGGAUCGUGGUUGUGAGCUCUCGUGAGAUUUCCAGGCUCACGUCCUUGUCGUCGAAAGCGGGCAGGAGUGGUCGGCUACGGGGGCCCCGAGGUUUUGACCGAGGGCCCCUGUUGUCCUGUGUCUCCUACCGGGCCCUGUACUUCCAAUCCCGUUUCUGUUCCCCUCCCUCGUAACCCCCGAAAUGGGGUUCCUGAAACUGAUCGAGAUCGAGAAUUUCAAAUCUUACAAGGGGCGGCAAAUCAUCGGGCCUUUCCGGCGCUUCACGGCCAUCAUCGGGCCCAAUGGAUCCGGCAAAUCAAACCUCAUGGAUGCCAUCAGCUUUGUGCUUGGUGAGAAGACCAGCAAUUUGAGAGUAAAGACCUUGCGAGAUCUGAUCCAUGGGGCCCCGGUAGGGAAGCCAGCUGCCAACCGGGCAUUUGUCAGCAUGGUUUACUCUGAAGAUGGUGCUGAAGAUCGCACAUUUGCAAGGGUCAUUGUAGGAAGCUCAUCGGAGUACAAAAUAAACAACAAAGUGGUACAGCUGAGCGAAUACAGCGAGGAGCUGGAGAAACUGGGCAUUCUGAUAAAAGCUAGGAACUUUCUAGUCUUCCAGGGUGCGGUGGAAUCUAUUGCCAUGAAGAACCCCAAGGAGCGCACAGCUCUGUUUGAGGAGAUCAGUCGCUCAGGGGAGCUGGCUCAGGAGUAUGACAAACGCAAGAAGGAGAUGGUCAAGGCAGAGGAAGACACCCAGUUCAAUUACCAUCGCAAGAAGAACAUUGCAGCAGAGCGUAAGGAGGCCAAACAGGAGAAAGAAGAGGCGGAUCGGUACCAGCGCCUGAAGGAUGAGGUUGUGCGAGCCCAAGUCCAGUUGCAGCUCUUCAAGCUGUACCACAAUGAAGCUGAAAUUGAAAAACUGAACAAGGAGCUGGCCUCUAAGAACAAAGAGAUUGAUAAGGACAAGAAGCGCAUGGACAAAGUGGAGGAUGAGCUCAAGGAUAAGAAGAAGGAGCUGGGCAAAGUGAUGAGGGAGCAGCAGCAAAUUGAGAAGGAGAUCAAAGAGAAAGAUUCUGAGUUGAACCAGAAACGCCCCCAGUACAUCAAGGCCAAGGAAAAUACUUCUCACAAGAUCAAAAAACUGGAAGCUGCCAAGAAGUCCCUCCAAAAUGCCCAGAAACAGUACAAGAAGCGCAAGGGUGAUAUGGAUGAGCUGGAGAAGGAGAUGCUGUCUGUGGAAAAGGCUCGGCAGGAGUUUGAGGAGCGCAUGGAAGAGGAGAGCCAGAGCCAAGGCCGGGACCUCACAUUGGAGGAGAACCAGGUGAAAAAAUAUCACCGGCUGAAGGAGGAGGCCAGCAAGAGAGCGGCCACCCUGGCCCAGGAACUGGAGAAAUUCAACCGUGAUCAGAAGGCGGAUCAGGACCGCCUUGAUCUGGAGGAGAGGAAGAAAGUAGAGACUGAGGCCAAGAUAAAGCAGAAAUUGCGGGAGAUUGAAGAAAACCAGAAGCGCAUUGAGAAGUUGGAGGAGUACAUCGCCACUAGCAAGCAGUCCUUGGAAGAGCAAAAGAAGCUGGAGGGGGAGCUGACGGAGGAGGUGGAGCUGGCAAAACGCCGGAUUGAUGAGAUCAACAAAGAGCUGAACCAGGUGAUGGAACAGCUGGGGGAUGCUCGCAUUGACCGGCAGGAGAACAGCCGGCAGCAGCGCAAGGCCGAGAUCAUGGAAAGCAUCAAGCGGCUCUACCCUGGCUCUGUGUAUGGGCGUCUAAUUGAUCUCUGCCAGCCAACCCAGAAGAAGUAUCAGAUAGCUGUCACCAAGGUGCUGGGCAAGAACAUGGAUGCCAUCAUUGUUGACUCAGAGAAGACUGGCCGGGACUGCAUCCAGUACAUCAAGGAGCAGCGAGGAGAGCCUGAGACUUUUCUGCCGCUUGACUACCUUGAGGUGAAACCCACAGAUGAAAAGCUCCGGGAGCUGAAAGGAGCCAAGCUGGUGAUCGACGUGAUUCGCUAUGAGCCACCUCACAUCAAGAAGGCCCUGCAGUAUGCUUGUGGGAAUGCCCUUGUGUGUGACAACGUGGAGGAUGCCCGUCGCAUUGCCUUUGGUGGGCACCAGCGUCACAAGACUGUAGCCCUGGAUGGAACCCUGUUCCAGAAAUCUGGGGUGAUCUCAGGAGGUGCUAGUGACCUGAAAGCCAAGGCCAGGCGCUGGGAUGAAAAGGCUGUGGAUAAACUGAAAGAGAAGAAGGAGAGGCUAACGGAGGAACUAAAGGAGCAAAUGAAGGCCAAACGAAAGGAAGCAGAGCUGCGCCAAGUCCAGUCACAGGCCCAUGGCUUGCAAAUGCGCCUGAAAUACUCUCAGAGUGAUUUGGAGCAAACCAAGACCCGCCAUCUUGCGCUGAAUCUCCAGGAGAAGUCCAAGCUAGAAAGUGAACUGGCCAAUUUCGGGCCCCGCAUCAAUGACAUCAAGCGCAUCAUCCAGGGGAGGGAGCGUGAGAUGAAGGAGCUGAAGGAGAAGAUGAACCAGGUGGAAGAUGAGGUAUUUGAGGAGUUCUGCCGAGAGAUUGGGGUGAGGAACAUCAGGGAGUUUGAGGAGGAGAAGGUGAAACGGCAGAAUGAGAUUGCCAAGAAAAGGCUGGAGUUUGAGAAUCAGAAGACCCGUCUAGGUAUUCAGCUUGACUUUGAGAAGAACCAGCUGAAGGAGGAUCAGGACAAAGUGCACAUGUGGGAGCAGACAGUCAAGAAGGAUGAAGCUGAGAUAGAGAAGCUCAAGAAGGAGGAACAGCGGCACAUGAAGAUCAUUGACGAGACCAUGGCGCAGCUGCAGGACCUGAAGAACCAGCACUUGGCCAAGAAAUCUGAAGUGAAUGACAAGAACCAUGAGAUGGAGGAGAUCCGGAAGAAGCUGGGUGGGGCCAACAAGGAGAUGACUCACUUGCAAAAGGAAGUGACAGCCAUUGAAACCAAGCUGGAGCAGAAGCGCAGCGACCGCCACAAUCUGCUGCAAGCCUGCAAAAUGCAGGACAUCAAACUGCCCCUCUCCAAAGGCACCAUGGAUGAUAUCAGCCAGGAGGAGGGUGGCUCCCAGGGGGAGGAGACGGCCAGCAGCUCACAGAGGACCUCCAACAUGUAUGCUCGAGAAGCUCUCAUUGAGAUUGACUACAGUGACCUGUCUGAGGAUCUGAAGGAUGUCCAGGCUGAAGAUGAGAUCAAGCAGGAGAUGAACCAGCUGCAACAGAAGCUGAAUGAGCAGCAGAGUAUCCUACAGCGAAUUGCUGCUCCUAACAUGAAGGCCAUGGAGAAGUUGGAGAGUGUGCGGGACAAAUUCCAGGAGACCUCUGAUGAAUUUGAGGCUGCCCGGAAACGUGCCAAGAAAGCCAAGCAGGCCUUUGAACAGAUCAAAAAGGAGCGCUUUGACCGCUUCAACUCCUGCUUUGAGUCAGUGGCCACCAACAUUGAUGAAAUCUACAAAGCCUUGUCACGAAACAGCAGUGCCCAGGCCUUCCUGGGUCCUGAGAACCCUGAGGAGCCUUAUUUGGAUGGCAUCAAUUAUAAUUGUGUAGCCCCUGGCAAGCGCUUCCGGCCCAUGGACAACCUAUCUGGUGGGGAGAAAACAGUGGCAGCCUUAGCUCUGCUGUUUGCCAUCCACAGCUAUAAACCUGCUCCGUUUUUUGUCUUGGAUGAGAUCGAUGCUGCUUUGGACAACACCAACAUUGGGAAGGUGGCCAAUUACAUCAAGGAGCAAUCCACCUGCAACUUCCAGGCCAUUGUUAUCUCCUUGAAGGAGGAAUUCUACACUAAGGCUGAGAGCCUCAUUGGCGUCUACCCUGAGCAAGGAGACUGUGUCAUCAGCAAGGUCCUGACCUUUGAUCUCACCAAGUAUCCUGAUGCCAACCCGAACCCCAAUGAGCAGUAGAAGCAGAAGGAAGAGGCUGGACACCAAGCCUCAUUGCAAAACCUUUGGUCCCCUUGUGUCCCCCCCCUUCCCUGUCCUCUAAAGGCCUUAAAUUGCUGUCUGCCCUUUAUUUAUCCUACAGAUUUUUUAGUGGGUUUGGGGAGGGGAAGUACCUAAAAAGGUAAAGGGACACAAUAGCAUUUUUGUGUGUUUAAUGGCAGGUUGUUCUCCCAAACUACUGUUGUAGAACAAUUUCGCAUUUCUAAUUGCUGGGGAUGGGGAGGAAAAGAAAAAAGGAGGGAUGUCAUUCCUCCCUUGUAACUUAAUUUGCUUUUAAAACUCUUUAUAGGACCAAAAUCAUGGUGGGCUCAUGAGGAUUCCUCCUGUGCCAAGGUCUUGCCUGUUAAGGUGUGGCUUCAGAUCUUGGUGUUUUUUUCCUAGCCUGAAAUCAUGUGUAUAUGUGUCUGUGUGUGAUUGAAAUUAAAAUAUGUCACUUCCAAA